AUGAGUUUUUAUAGCCGCUACCUCAAAGACGAAGUCUGUGUUGGUACAAUUGAUGGCGUAGAAGAAGCAAAAACACCAAACACUUACAAUAGAAAGCCUCAUUGGCGUCGUGAAGACAUUCUUAAGUUUUAUGAAGGUCUUACAUUGUAUGGUGCUAACUUUGCUUUAUUGGAACUAUUUUUCAAUGGAACAAGAACGCACAAACAACUUCUUGCUCGUUUCAAACUUGAACAAAAAAUGCGACCAGAGUUAGUUUCCAAGGCUAUGCUUCCCCAAGUCGUUCAUUUAGAUAAAGUUGUAGAUAAAAAUUAA